AUUUGUUUACGCACUUUUACGUCGUUAGGCUUACCUUCAUUCUAUCUUUGUCCCUUCCUAUUUUCUUUAUCUAUUUUUUUUUUGUUUUGUUCUCAUCUAUCGUUAUCUAGUUCCAAACGGCCAUGAAGUUUGGCAAACACAUACAAAGUCAACAACUGACAGAAUGGAGUUCUCACUAUUUGAAUUACAAAGGUCUUAAGAAGUUUAUCAGCAAACUUCUCAACAUGUCUUCCGAUGAACUGGCUAAAGCUGGGUUAUUGACAGGUGCUGCUCCAGAAGAAGAUCGUGCCAAACUAUUACAGUCUCAAAAAGCGGCUUUUUUCUUCAAACUAGAACGCGAACUGGAAAAGAUCAACUCCUUCUACCUCCAAAAAGAAAAUGAACUCAAAAUACGGUUACGGACUCUCAUCGACAAGAAAAAGAUCCUACAAAGUGAUACAAGACGACUUAAACAUGCUUAUACCCUAUUGAAUGCUAUUCAAGAAGCCUUUAUUCAAUUUGAACAAGAAUUGAACAAAAUCCAGAAAUACGUUGAACUCAAUAAUGAAGGCUUUCGAAAAAUCUUAAAGAAAUGGGACAAGCGAUCAAAAUCUUCUACCAAAGAACUUUACCUAUCCCGACAAAUCGAUAUUCAACCUUGUUUCAACACUCAAUUUUUAUGUGAACUUGCCGAUCUCGCUUCUGCAAAUCGAAUUGAACUCUCAGAUAUUCAAGCCGGUAUUUCUGUCAACAACGAUGAUUCUUCUUCUUCUUCCUCAAACGUCAACUCUUCAGCACCUAAAGAUGGAAUUGAUUUAUCUGUAGCAACUUCCCAAAAAGCCGAUGUCAUGGAUGAUAUGGAAUUAGAAUUGGUCAAAGCGGUUUCUAACAAUCAAGGCUCUCUGGUACGCGAAAUUCUUGAUCGUGCUGUACAACAUCCAACUUCUGACGAUCGAGAUCGACUUUCACGAGUAUUUUGGCAUGCAUGUUCUGAAGGAUCUGAUGAAAUUGUGACCAUGUUUAUCAACACCAACCUCAUCAACUAUGAAUAUGUAGAUGAUAUCAAUGAACGAUCUUGUCUUCAUGUGGCUGCUAUGUCUGGACGAAAGGAAUUAUUAGCAUCAUGUACGGAACGUGGCGCAAAAGUGAGGGCAACAGAUGUAUAUGGACGAACGGCUUUACAUUAUGCGACAAUGAAUGGAUUUAGCGAUUGUGUUUCCUACCUAUUAAUGCAGGAUGCUGAUAUUGAAUCUCGGGAUCAUGAUGGAUUCAGUCCUCUGAUAUAUGCUAUUGUUGAUGGCCAUACUCCCUGUGUUGCUAUCUUACUGGACGCUGGUGCGAAUAUUGAACCAAGUUACGAAGGUGAUCACAUUCCGUUGUCUUUGGCUUGUCAUUGUGGACGUAUCGAUAUUGCUCUUAUGCUUUACCACCGAGGUGCCAAAAAUUUACCAAAUGCUGAAACAUUAUAUCCUCUUCAUAUUGUCGCUCGUCAAGGUCAUGAAGAAUUAUGUCGGUUGUUAUCUCGUCAUCCUGCGGAUGUGGAUGUUCCAGACAAGUACAAUUCAUGGACUCCUUUGUUUUGGGCUGCCAGUGAUGGUCAUGAAGAAUGUGUUCGGAUACUAAUUGAUGCUGGUGCAAAUGUGAAUAUCAAGGAUGAAAAUGGAAAAACCGCUUUGUAUUAUGCUGCCUGGGAAGGUUAUAUGGAUAUUGUACAAGUCUUGAUCGAUGCUGGUUGUAAAACUGAAUUAGAACAACAACAAACUGGUCUUGAUCAUACCACACAACCUCCUCCUUCUAUAUCACUAUCAUCAUCUCAACAAGCACAACAACCUGUUUCUACUUUGGCUACAACGACGGCAACAACAACAACAACAUCAGCAUCAACCAAUGAUGAUAAUGCCGUGUUAGAUGCUGAUACUGAAUUGGAUACUAUUCCUUCACUCUCAUUACCACCACCAAUCAUUCCUUUUCGUAUCUAUGGUCACAAUUAUUUGGAUCGAAAGUAUCAAGUACAAAUAUGUUUACGACAACCACCUAUUCGAUUGUUUGAUAAUACUCAAAUCUCAUCUCUUAAAUUGAUUAUAUCGUCUAAUCCUGAUACUGGUAUGAUCCCUCAUAGUGUCAUAUUACCAUUGGCAGAUGAUCGGGAAAUAUUUAGUUUCCAGAUCGACAAGUUGGAUGAAUUUUUCUUGGAAUUUGAUAUCUUUGCUACGUUUGGUUCAAAGGUGCUUGGACGUGGUGUGGCUCUUCCUUUGACUUUCAACUCGGUGGACUUUAAGAUUCCAGAGUGUCACUGUACGAUUCCUCUUUUGGAUAGUCAUCUUAAGGUGAUUGGUGAACUUGCAUACGAUUAUUCUGUGGUCAAGCCCUUCCGAGGUGUACAAUUGGAGAUAGGUGGAAGGAUUGAAACUUAUUGGAAAUCAACAAACACAGUAUUACCAUCAUCAUCUGCCACUCAUUCGGAACGUGCCACUCCUGAACCCGUUUCUUCAUCGACUCCAACUUCUUCUUCCAUGACAGCAAUGACAAGCUCAAUGGGAUCUACGGUGGGUGAUAUUACGUCUGCUAUUACUGCGACAACAACAUCUUCUUCGUCAUCCGGUCUUGCUUCCUUUAUCACUGCCUCGUCGUUAUCGGGUGAUUAUAUCCGUGUGGUGAUCCAAUUGACCAAAGAUUUUGUCCCUGUCGUUUAUGCCAAUUGGUUGAUUGAAUAUGAAGGUCUUUCUUUGGCUAUAUCCGAUUUAUCUUAUCAGCAAUUCCUUCAAUUGGGAACCAAGUUAUUCCAACAACACAAGUCUAAUGAUCACAACUCGUAUGACAUUUGUCCUCUUACUGGAAAUAGUAUGAUGAUCGAAAACUUGAAUCAAAAUGAACAUCGAUCUUUCUUAUCAUUGGAACAAGUGUUAAAGACUUUGCCUUCAUCUAUGGGUAUCCAUUUGGAAUUGAAAUAUCCUUCAGUAACAGAUUUGGAUCUACAUUCCUUUUGUGCUAUUGCUGACAGAAAUACAUUUGUUGAUACCAUUCUACAAUGUAUUUAUGAUCAUGUACGAUCAUUACCACCUCAUGCGCCUAAUGUUCGAAUCUUUUUCUCAUCCUUCAAUGCUGCUAUUUGUACUGUGAUCAACUGGAAACAACCCAAUUAUGCUGUGUUUUACAAUACUUGUUGCGGGCUCAAUAAGUCUAAUGUGCGACGUGGUGUCAAACGAAAACUUGGUCAAGAUGAACAUAUAUCAAAUCCUUCUCGUUCGUUGGCGGCACAACAAGAGCAACUCAUAUCUGGUACAUCAUUGAAGGAAGCCGUUAAAUUUGCAAAACGAAACAACUUGCUUGGUAUCAUUUGUGAAGCCACUCCUUUGGUCCAAGUACCUUCGUUGAUUAAGAAUAUCAAAGAAAGUGGACUGAUAUUGGUUACAUCUGGGCAAUUCAAUCAAGAAGAAGAGUAUCAAAGUAUUCAAGAACGUUAUGGUGUGGAUGCUAUGAUGAUCAAUCAAGUAGUUCACUUCAAUACUACCAUGGCUGGGGCUGGUUUUUAGAGAAGAGAAAUAUCCUGUUUAUCUAUCCUUUAUAUUUUUUUUUUUUUACUAUUUUACUCUUUCGAUCUGUAAUUUUAGAACAUCC